CGACAUGUCAGAAGAGCGUACGCGUGAGGUAAAAUGAAAAAUGAAGUGCAGUCGAGGGUAAAGGAAGAUGAUACUAGUACAGUGACCGAUUGGCGCUCAGUUGCUGUACUGUGGAAUUUAAACGCAUUUAAGAUCAGCCAGACCGACCAUAUGUCACUGCGAUCACAAUAAUAAGACCUUUGACUCGGUACGUUAGAUUACGUUUUGUCGGAAGUGUGCUUUAUUGUUAUUGCUCCAAGCGAAACCUACAUUGGUUGAGAAUCAACCGAUCAAAGGAGAUUUUCAGGUUUCCCGGACUGUCUUCAUAGUAUAAUACAUAGAUUAUAAUGGUCAGUGAUUCUGUUAUGCUCUCCGAUCAGACGAUUUCUGGAGGUGUAAAUUAGGCCUGGGAUAGUCAGCGCUCCCCAGUGAGAUUACAACCGAAGGGCGGUGAAAAUCAGCCCCUAAUGGAAGAGAUAGAGACAGAGCUGACCUGCACGGAGCAGGAUGGUUUAGGAGCAGACUUCAUCACAGUGGAACUUGACACCCAGCCUGUCGAAUAUGUGGUGAAGUGGGCCGAGGUGGGCUCCAAAUUUACUAUAUCCUGCGUGAAAAAGGAUGUGGAUGAGGGUACCUGCUUUACUUCCGAUCAGGUGGUCAGAGUGGAUCCGGACGAGACGUUCUUUGUCCCUUACGAGGCCGUGUACACGGAAUGCGAAGACGCGGAACCGGACUUGAUUCCGACGCACGAGGAAGAGGUGGUGAGCGAGUCGGACUUGGACGAAAGCACGGAGCCGGGAAUUAGCGAGCUGUGUGAUGACGAGCACGUUUCGGACGUGUGCUGGCAGAGCCAGACGCCACGUUCCAGAACCUACAACUGCCACGUCUGUGGAAAAGUCUACAGCCAUUCUUCCAGUCUCGCACGCCACCUGCACGUACACUCGGAUAGGUCGUCUUUCCCCUCUUCCUCUAAAGGGUCAGGGGACAACAGAAAGUCUCUCCAUUGCAAUAUGUGCGGAGUGAAAUGCAACGGCAAGCGACUUUUGGCGAUACACAAGAAAUGUCACAAAACUAAGAGACUGCACACGUGCAACAUAUGCGGCAAAACAUUCAAUCACAGCUCUAGCCUGUCACGGCACAGGUUAAUCCAUAAAAAAGGCUUGGAUAAUAAAGUCAGGCCAUUGUACCCGGAUCCGACACCAGCUCCCAUCCUGACCCAGCGCAGUUUCUCACCCCUCAGCGAGGACACGGACAGAGAACCGAACCCCUCGGGAGAACGACAAAAGCAGUACCAGUGCCCGCAAUGCGACAGGGUCUUCAGCCACUCUGCCGCCCUAAACAAGCACCAGCUGGCACACGUGCGACAGCUGCUCAACUCGUAUACGCAGGGCAAAGAUGCGCUCGACAAGUCCUCGGACCUGAAGAUUCGGCUGAAGCUGUGCUCCCGCGACAAACCCAACUAUUACACCCUGUGCAAGAAGAACAAGCGCAAAAAAGGGGGCAAGAAGAGGCUGUGCCUGCCGAACGAAAAACGGCCCUACCAAUGCAGGAUGUGCGAGAAACGCUUCAGCCACACCACCAGCCUCUCCAGGCACGAGCACAUGCACGCCAUCGACAAGCGCUACACCUGCAGCAUCUGCAAGAAGACGUUUAUUCGGCUCUCCAACCUGAAGCAGCACCAGCAAACGCACGCUUCGGGAAAGCUGUACGAGUGCAUGCAGUGCGGGAAGACUUUCGUUCACUCCUCCAGCUUUUCGCGCCAUAAGAAAGUCCACGCACGGAUCAAGCUGUCCCCGAACCAUUGUGAAGAGGAACUGGUCAUCGAUGAGACGGCACCACUGGAAUUUGACUCUGAGUGAGAAAGACGAAAGCUCUGGACCUGUUUUAACACCUGUUAAGGGACAACUGAUAAGAAAAGAUUUAUUGAUGUGUCUUUGAUGGUUUUUCUUUAUCCUUUAUUUUUUGCAAAAAAAGUAAAAUUAGUCAGUUUGGUGUGUGCUCACAAAAAAGUUGACUUCAAUCUAAUAUUCUUGUAAUU